CAUCAUCACUCUAACAAUGGUUUUGUUUAUUGUAAUAUAUGAUGGGACUUGUUUGCUGGAUCAGUGUCUUUUUCUGGGGCUCACAAAUCUGUGCCCUGUCAUACAUUUACACAGCUGCUUCUCAGAAACAUUUUAUGGGUCUACUAUGUUCUACCAGCAACAGCAAUGUUACAGUAGGACAAUGACCCCCUGACCCUUGGUCCAAAGUACAACUAACUCCACUAUUAUCCCACAUUGCUCUGCACCUGUAAACAAUAAACUCCAUUAUACUAGUCUGUAUGUGUGCAGGACCCAGGUUUGGCACCACAUAGUGUGAGCUGUGCAUAGUGCUUUCGUUAAGUGAAUUGGGUUCUCCAGGGUGGCAAAUUCACAAAUGUAAAACAUGAUUGUGGAUGCCAUUGUGUCACCGUUUCCACGGAAACCCAUCCUAACCUCCGUUUCCUUGGAGACUGUUUGUCUCCACUAGAAUGUGUAGGAGGCCUAUUCACUGUGGAGACUUAUCCUAAAGAUAAAGUCCCCAAGAUCAGCUAUGAUAACCUGUGGCCAAAAAGAAAUAUUCCAAAUUUACAUCUACCCUAGGGCCCUAUUCUACCAUGGUCUUAAGUCAAUGCAUGUAGCUGUGUGCUAUUUUUUGACUUAGGCGAAUACUAUUGACUUAAGUCUGCACCACAAAGGUAGAUAUGCAGUUUUGAUGGAGAAACAUCACUAUAUGGGCAUGUCACAUAAAAAUGACAUGUACAUCCUGCCACUGACUUAAGUUUUCCCAUCUAUGUACUCUGGUUAUAUUAAAUAAAGCACCUCUACAUGGCUAAAUUACAUUUUUUAGAAAGCAAAAUACCAAAACUUUUUACAUUUAUUAUAUCUGUAGACAUUAAUUUUAUAAACCAAAAUGCAUGUGAAUAAUUUAUGUAACACCAUGGUAUAUAGAAAUAUAUCAGUAUAUAUAAUUAUAUUAUCAGUGCCGGUGAUGAGUUGGCACCCCAUCCUGGGUUAUUCCCUGUCUCCCGUCCGUAACGUCCGGGACAGGCUGCGGCCCCUGGGACCCUGAACAGGACAAGUGGAUACAGAAAGUGGAUGAAUGGAAUGGAGGGGCUGAAAGUGGUGGAGAUCGAAAAGUGUCGCAGUGACAUCAAGAAGCUCAGAGAAGAAAUGGCAUCUCGGAACAACAGUUUCCUUGAAGACAACAAAAAGCUGACACCCCGCAGGGACAUGCCUUCAUACCCCAAGUACCAUCUCUCCCAGGAGACGGUGGAGGCUUUGCGAAAGCCAACCUUCGAUGUCUGGCAGUGGGAGCCCAACGAGAUGCUGAGCUGCUUAGAGCACAUAUAUCAUGACCUGGGCCUGGUCAAGGACUUCAGCAUCAAUCCCAUUACCCUGAAGAGGUGGCUGCUCUGUAUCCACGAUAACUACAGGAACAACCCCUUUCACAACUUCCGCCACUGCUUCUGUGUCACUCAGAUGAUGUACAGCAUGGUCCAUCUCUGCAGCCUACAGGAGCGCUUCACACAGAUGGACAUCCUGAUCCUGAUAACCGCUGCUGUGUGCCACGACCUGGACCACCCGGGUUACAACAACACGUACCAGAUCAACGCACGGACGGAGUUGGCAGUGCGCUACAAUGACAUCUCCCCCCUGGAGAACCAUCACUGCGCUGUGGCCUUUCAGAUCUUCUCCCAGCCUGACUGCAACAUCUUCUCCAACUUUGACCCCGAGACAUUCAAGCAGAUACGGCAGGGGACGAUCACGCUGAUCCUGGCCACUGACAUGGCCCGGCAUGGGGAGAUCCUGGACUCCUUCAAGCAGAAAGUGGACAGUUUUGACUUCACCAAUGAGGAGCAUGUCACGUGUCUGAAGAUGGUGCUCAUCAAAUGCUGUGAUAUCUCCAAUGAGGUGCGGCCCAUGGAGGUGGCCGAGCCCUGGGUGGACUGCCUGCUGGAGGAGUACUUUAUGCAGAGUGACAGAGAGAAGUUGGAGGGCCUGCCCGUGGCCCCCUUCAUGGACAGGGAGAAGGUCACCAAGCCCACUGCCCAGAUCGGCUUCAUAAAGUUUGUCCUGAUCCCCAUGUUUGAGACCGUCAUGAAGCUCUUCCCUCAGAUCGAGGCGGCGAUGGUGCAGCCACUCCGCGAGUCGCGGGACAGAUACGAGGAGCUGAAGCAGAUCGACGAUGCCAUGAACGAGGUCCAAAAAAAGAAAAAUGAGAAUCUGACCAUGGGCGGGAAAAAAAAGUAA